UACUUCUCCUCCGCUGAUUUGAUCCUGGAUAAGCAGAGAGCAAUCAUCUCUCUCUAUAUUUCUCUUUGCUUCUUCCUGAGAAUUUUCUAAGAAGAAGUUUGGGAUCCGUUUUUUCUCCUCCUUCGUCUCUUUCUCUCUCCCAUUCGCCAAGUUUGCUCUGACAUUUGACCCAAUGGGCUAUCUUUCAUGCCGAGCCGAUUCCUCGAUUGGCACCUGUCGCUCCAUUUCCUCUUUCUCACCUAUACUCCAAUCGCAUCGCAGUAAGCCUAAAAAUGCCCACAGCUCUGGCGCGGCGGGGACUGACUAUGCAGGCAACGACAACAAAGGAGAUGUUGCUGAAAGCCUCGCAGGAGCCGCAUCUCACUCCCAUCGUCGCAUCCGGAAUUUCUCCUACAGGGAGUUGGAAUCCGCCACCCAGAACUUCGCCGAGGCCGCCCUCCUCGGCCGCGGCAGCCACGGUACCGUGUACAAAGCUGUCCUCCGCUCCGGCAGAUCCGUCGCCGUUAAACGCCCAUCGCGCCGUCCAAUCCCUUCUCCUGCCCACGAGGUCGACAACGAGAUUGAAAUCCUUUCCAAUAUCCAAAACCCCCGCCUUGUGAACCUCGUCGGCUUCACUCCUGCCGGCGGAAAGAAGGAACGGCUACUUGUUGUUGAGUUUAUGCCGAAUGGUACUCUCUACGAUCUCCUCCACUCCAACCAUCGCCCUCCAGGGUGGGCUCGCCGACUACGCCUCGCGUUCCAGACGGCGAAAGCCCUCCUCGCGCUUCACUCCUCCCAUCCGCCGAUUAUCCACCGCGAUGUGAAGUCGGCGAAUGUCCUCCUCGACGAUCGGUUCAAUGCCCGGCUAGGUGAUUUCGGUCUCGCUCUUCGAAGUGAUGGAGAUGAGAACGACGCCGGCGGAUUCAACUCGUCUGUCCGGUCCACACCGCCUGCAGGGACUCUAGGGUACCUCGAUCCCGGUUACAUCACGCCGGAGAAUCUGAGCACCAAGACCGACGUUUUCAGUUUUGGGAUUCUUCUACUCGAGAUCAUCAGCGGCCGUAAGGCCAUUGAUGUCUCCUACUCCCCACCUUCAGUGGUGGAGUGGGCGGUGCCGCUCGUUAAGAAAGGGAAGGUCUUGGCGAUCUUUGAUCCUAGAAUAGCUCCACCGAGACACCCAUUGGCAAGACGGCAGCUUGUUUUUCUUGCUGCUAGUUGUGUUCGAUCCUGCAGCGAUCGGCGGCCAGCGAUGGAGGAGAUCGUAGAGCAACUCAAGGUUCUCAGUCGGACGGUGCCGGCUAGGGUUUGGACUGUGAGCACUCCAUGCUCCGUUAUCGAUACAGAAAGUACGCUUGUGAAGCUCAAGCUUGACAGGCCAAAGGAAAGAGAAGAGAUACCUGCGAGCGUAAAGAAAACCUCUUGUUCUUCUCUUUCCUCUUGCUCUUCUUCUCCUCCUCCCACCAAUACUCUUCCUCCUUUGAAGAUAGUUGGACCUCCUAGAAAUGGUAGGGUGAUGGGUGUUAGAAAUUCGACUGACCUUCUGGUUCAGCCUGAAGAUCUGCCUAUUGGUGUAGUCAACAUUGGCUUUAACCGAAGCAAUGAAUCACUUAACAGCAGAUCUAGGAGAUUGCUUGUUGCUCCUGCUACGUAUGAUGAUGAGGGGAUAUUGAAAGUGAGAAGAAACCAAACAGUAAGGGCUGUAGAAUUAGAGAAAAAAUUAAGAUUGGAUGGAACCAAGAGUGUGGGUGACCAGAUUACAAGUAGAGCAGGCGAGGCUUUAUGACUUUUGAUCUGAUAGUUCGAAGGCCAUUUGAUUUUUAAUUCCUGUUGUUUGCUUAGAUUAUUUUUAGUGGUAGAAAACUUGGCUUCGUUUGUCAAAUGAAAAUGUGCAAUUCAGAUUUUAAAUGUUAAAUUUUUUUUGUGCAUUUGGUCAGGGCAAAGGCUUAUAUAUGAAAAUGUUGAUUA